AUGGCUGCCACAGAGCAGGAAAUUGUGAAUAUUUUUGAAUGGUUAGAAACCACCAAGCUUGUCACUGUCAAUAUUGAAUGGCUUGAGGCUUGUAUUUCUUGGUUGAAGUCGCGUGGUACAGCACGUGGAAACUUAAAUAUGGUUAGUAAAUGUACUUGUUGUAGAUUUGAAACGUUUUAUAAGCUGUGUAAGUGGUAUUUUAUUUACAAAGUGAUAUAAGGAAAGGCCAUUUAAAUUUUUGGGAAAGUGUGUCAAUUGGCCUUCCCCUGACUGGAAAGUUUGGAAAUUGCGCGCCGGAGAUUUCAAAAAUUUAAUAGUAAUUAUAUAGAAAGCAUCAAAAUUGCAUGCCGGAGAUAUCCGCUGCGCGAUACAAACUUUCCACACUGGGCCUUCCCUAAUGGCAAUCGCCAGGUAGAAAGGUGAUCUGCAGAUGAUACUAUGGGGGAAGAAUGGGGAAGAAACCCCCAUAGAAUAGCAUUGCUUUAAAUCUAGGAUGGGUCAUUCCAGAAAACAUCCACCUCCCCCCAACUGUCACAAGUGGAUUUCCCCCGCCUGGAGGACAGGAAUUUUGUCCAUAGAGGGUAAGAGGGAGUGUGAAUCUUUUCUGGAAUGACCCGAAGCGAAUUAUCUUAGAUAAAAUAUAAGUUCGGUACAUCGUUCAAGAGAUGCCUUGGAUAGACUCCAAAUAUAGUGCCAUUCAUGGUUCAUCGGGUUCUUCCUUUCUUUUAGCAAUUAAAAGAUGACAUAUAUGAACAGUGGUUAAUGUCAGAUCUAAGUGAAAGUGGAAGCAAUUGCUUACCAGAUCAAAUAUCAACUCUUCCCUCUACUUCCAUACAAAGAAUUGUUGCAUUACAAGUAAUUGGAUAUCCUAUUUUCAUGUUAGAGAUAAUUGCACACAUAUAUAUAUGGUUCAUUGAAAUGAAUAUAACUGGAACGCUACCUUCAGAUAAGUUGCCUAUCUUUUUCUUGAAGCCAAAUUUUACCUCCAGACACACGGUCCGUCGGUCGGACGUAGCAUUCCAGUUAUAUUCAUUUCAAUGAUAUGGGUAGGUCUUCAUCUAGAAUUAUUACAGACUGGUGGAUUAGGUCAUUCCAGAAAACAUCUGUACCAGCCUAACAGAGGAAAUUGGAAGUUAACCCCCCUACCCCCUUCGGAUGUUCUAAUACAUUUACUAUUAUCAGAAACAAUUUUUUCUCCCCCUCCGGACGGCAGAAAUUUCUUCCGUGGGGGGAGUAUGGAUCUUUUCUGGAACAACCCAUUUAUAGGGGGGGUGCACCCCUGUUGGCCUUGGUCAACAGGGGUGCAAGGGGAGUGCAAAAAAUCUAAUUUAGAAAUAUGGCACAAUUUCCUAGGUUUUUCCUUUUUUUAAGUCAAACUGAAGCUCAUAAUGCAAUGCCCAUAUCGCAGGAAAUGGCAUUUCAAGGUUUCUAAUUUUCAAACUUUUCCAGGGGCAUACCCCUGGACCCCCUAGGGAGCUUGCGCCUUCGGCGAUCAAGUCGUUAGGAAGCCAAUUCAUUUGAAUGCUUUCCACCCCCCCCCCUAAAGAAUUAUAAAGAAACACUCAGCUGCUCACCCAGCACCCCCCCUAGAAAAACCUUGCUGGAUCCACCCCUGAUUGCAGAUUUUGAGCGAAGGCCCUUUGUUGAAGUUUGCUUGUAUUUUUCAGGCAAUGUGGACUCUAGCUCUGAGCUUGAUAAAAUAGUAUAUUCCAUAUUCUUUUAGAUGAAUUCAAUCGUUAAUAUUGGUGCAUCCGCAUACAGUCAAUUGAAGAAACUUAAAAAUGAGGUUAAUGAGAAUACAAGCGUUGAUGAGAAUAGAACUCAAACAGUAAGAAAACUUAAUAUUUUAUAAACAUUUUAAUGUUUUGGGACUGAGCAUCCAGGUCAGCAUCGGCAAAUGCGGACUUGAUUGCCAACUCUCUAUCAACCAACACUGUACCCACCAAGCUAUGAGGUUGAAUUGGUGAUAUCUCAGAACUCGGUCUAGCUCUUUAGAUAUGUUAUUCUUAUUGUCUCAAUUAGUGGCAGCCUCAGCCAUGUAGAAUGUUAAAAUUAGAACUGACAGAUGGAGAACAGACGAUUGAAGGGAUGGAAUAUCAACCAAUGACAAAAUUAAGCACAGAUUUAAUACCAGGAACAAAGGUUGGAAACUUUUUCAAAUUUAAGUUUCAGAUUCUUUGUAAUUCAUUUUAAUUAAUAUACUGAUGAAUAUAAAUUAGUUGCAAAUUAUCUCAGCUCUUCAAUUCAUUUGUUUUAGGUUUUGAUUAAUGCAGAUACUUUGUGCAGAUCUGGAAUGCUAUUUUUGACAGAUGAGAACAUUGAGAUCUUGGGAGGACAAGUUCAAAAUUUGACCGAAGAAAAUUCACAAUUGAAUAUUUUAAACCGACUUGUCAGGUAAGUUAAUUUAAAAAAAAAUUUCAUUUGUUCUGCUAUAACUUUAUAACUUGUGAUAAUUCUUUUGACAUAAUCGAAAGCAAAAAAUAUGCAACAGGGCAAUUUUCCUGAGUUUUAUUUCUUGAAUUGAGCAGAAAUGGCAAGGAAGGUGAAGUAUUGGUGAACAAUACUGGUCCAAGACAAGAUAGAUCAAGCAACCACCAUGGAGACAAUCCACCACAAGAUGAUGAUUUUGAAGCUUUGAUGAAUGAUGAUGACAUCUUUGCAGAACUUGAUGGUAACACUUUGGCACAAAUCGAUGGUAACAUGGACCCAGUGCAAGUCAAUGGUCGUAUUAGCCCAGCUGAAUUGGUUGAUAAUAUUGACGAUGACAUUCCUCAAGAUGUACUCGAUAAUCUAAGUGAUAUUGAAAAUGAUUUUUGGUGA